AUGCCCGUCAAGCGGCGGAGGGCGCCUACAAACCCCAUCGAGUCCGCGAACCGCAAGACGGACGAGGACUUCGUCAGAGACCACCUGCAGCGACCCAGCGCAGACUGGACAUCAUGGAAGCACCCCGCGACCAAGAAGGCGUACACCCUCGCGCUCAAGUCGCCGGCCAAGAUGUCGGUCGACGAGAUGCAGGCGUGCUUCGACCUGGUGGAGUACACGAGCGGCGCGGACUACCGCGCGUCGUCGUGGGGGUGGAAGCCGGCGGCGAAGAUCAAGGAGAUGCGGAGCCCGGAGCUGCGGUACGUGCUCGUCAAGGAGUCUGACGGCGAGAGGUUGUGUGGGUUCACGAGCCUGAUGCCCACGUUUGAGGAGGGCGAGGCGGUGGUGUAUUGCUAUGAGAUUCACUUGUUGGAGGAGCUGCGGGGCACGGGAAUGGGCCGCAAGCUGAUGGACUACCUCGUCGCCGUCGCGGAGAGCAUACCCAUCGUGGAAAAGGUGAUGCUGACGUGCUUCGUGGCCAACAAGGCGGCGCGGGGGUUCUACGAGAAGCUGCGGUUCGAGAGGGACGCGACGUCGCCGGUCGAGAGGAAGUUGCGGUUCGGCAAAGUGUUUGUGCCGGACUAUGUGAUCAUGAGCCGAAAGAUUCAGCGCCGCGAGGGCGGACAAGUUGAUUCGAAAGAUGGUGGUGGGGAUGUUGAGGCCGAGGUUGAUGGGGUGAAGAAGUCCAAGAGGAAUGAUUCAUGA